AUGUCAAACCAGCCAGGAUAUGCAUGGUUAUUUCUCUUGACUUCUACAAGCAACGUAGAAUUGCUCACUCCAGGGAAUGAGAUCCUGGGCUCUUCUUGGGAGCUAGUUAGAAUGCACCAAAACAAACAUGUAAAACCGGCUUCUCCGUCAGAUAACAAACCAAGGCCCACUGAGUUGAAAGAUAGCAUGUCGAUAUCUCAAGAAGAAGAUGGAUCUCCAACAAGAGAAGCAAACAGUGAUGCAAGCGUUCAGCCAUACAGGCAAGACAUGUUUUUUGAAAAUGCGAACAUAGACAGAGAGAGCAGAACUAAUAAAAACCCAAAGCUUCAAAAAGAUUCCUCUGAGGUUCAUAAAGAGCUCCAUUUGCAGGAGAGGGCUAAAAGCAUCACGGAAGAAAGUCACAACAUUGGCGCCCAGAGAAACUCAGUUGCACCUGCAAAUACAUUGGUUUUGAAAUUCAAAACAGUUCUCAACGUGAAAACUGGUAAAUCAGAUUGA